CGACGGAAGUUAUUUGCAGAUUUUUUCACCUGAUAGUGCAAUUAGUUAGCUGAACCAAGAUGACAGAUUCAAAGUAUUUCACUACCACCAAAAAAGGUGAAAUAUUUGAACUGAAAGCAGAGCUCCAAAGCGAUAAGAAAGACAAGAAGAAAGAGGCUGUAAAGAAGGUUAUCGCUAGUAUGACAGUUGGCAAGGAUGUGAGUGCCCUGUUUCCAGAUGUUGUCAACUGCAUACAGACAGACAACUUAGAGCUGAAGAAACUGGUGUAUUUAUACCUGAUGAACUAUGCCAAGAGUCAGCCUGACAUGGCUAUUAUGGCUGUCAACACAUUUGUCAGGGACUGUGAGGAUGCUAAUCCUCUGAUCCGAGCUCUUGCUGUAAGGACUAUGGGUUGCAUUCGUGUGGACAAGAUCAUUGACUACCUAUGUCAGCCUCUGAGGAACUGUCUGAAGGAUGAGGACCCCUAUGUGAGAAAGACAGCUGCAGUUUGUGUGGCAAAGCUCCAUGAUAUCAAUGCUCAGCUGGUGGAGGACCAAGGUUUCCUGGAUCUCCUUAAAGAUAUGUUGUCUGACUCCAACCCAAUGGUAGUGGCCAAUGCUGUAGCAGCUAUAACGGAGAUACUGGAGUCAUCACCGACUGCUCAACAGGUGUUGGUGAUGAAUGGUAACACCAUUAACAAGCUUCUCACCGCUCUCAAUGAGUGUACAGAGUGGGGUCAGGUGUUUAUCCUGGAUGCCAUUUCCAACUAUACUCCUAAGGAUGACAAGGAGGCCCAAAGCAUCUCUGAGAGAGUGACUCCUCGCCUGGCCCAUGCCAACGCCGCAGUUGUCCUAUCAGCAGUCAAGGUUGUGAUGAAGUUUAUGGAGAUGUUAGAACCAAACAGUGAAUAUGUAUCCAUGCUGGUAAAGAAAUUAGCUCCUCCCCUUGUCACCCUGUUGUCUGCAGAACCUGAAAUCCAAUAUGUUGCCCUCCGUAAUAUCAACCUCAUUGUCCAGAAAAGACCUGACAUAUUGAAGAAUGAGAUGAAGGUAUUCUUCGUCAAAUACAAUGACCCCAUCUAUGUGAAACUGGAGAAGUUGGAUAUCAUGAUUCGUCUUGCCACACAGGCUAACAUAGCUCAGGUUCUGGCUGAACUCAAGGAGUAUGCUACAGAAGUAGACGUGGACUUUGUGCGUAAAUCUGUACGUGCUAUAGGGCGUUGUGCUAUUAAGGUAGAACAGGCUGCCGAAAGAUGUGUGAGCACACUCCUUGACCUCAUUCAGACCAAGGUCAACUAUGUUGUACAAGAAGCCAUUGUUGUCAUUAAGGAUAUUUUCAGAAAAUACCCCAACAAGUAUGAGAGCAUUAUUGCCACUUUAUGUGAAAAUCUGGACACAUUGGAUGAACCAGAAGCCAGGGCUUCUAUGAUCUGGAUCAUUGGGGAGUAUGCUGAGAGAAUUGACAAUGCUGAUGAGCUACUCGAAAGUUUCUUGGAGGGCUUCCAGGAUGAGAACACACAGGUACAGCUACAGCUGUUGACAGCCAUUGUGAAACUGUUCCUGAAACGCCCCACUGACACUCAGGAGCUUGUACAACAAGUUCUAAGUCUAGCCACACAGGACAGUGAUAACCCUGAUCUUCGCGACCGAGGCUACAUCUACUGGCGACUGUUGUCCACAGAUCCAGCAGCUGCAAAGGAUGUCGUUCUAGCAGAGAAACCACUCAUCUCUGAGGAGACUGACCUGAUUGAGCCAACACUUCUAGACGAGCUUAUUUGUCAUAUUUCCAGUCUUGCAUCAGUCUACCACAAGCCACCCAACUCGUUUGUAGAGGGAUCCAAAUCCUCAUUCAAAAGGGCACUUCCUCCCAGGUCACAGUCAGGAAAUCUGGGUGACACAGAGGAAAUGGGAGCACCAGAUACUGCUUCCCCCGGGGGAGAAAUGCCAUCAGCCCAGCCUCCACCCCAGGCAACAGUCAUCCCGGGUGUGGACUCCCUUAUUGGGGACCUCCUCGACAUGGACUUGGGGGGACCCUCCAUGCAACAGCAGCAGAUGUACUCCAACCCAACCUCUCAAACCCCUGUACAGACCUCUGGGGCUAUGGAUCUCCUUGGCGAGGGUCUCGACUCUCUUCUUGGCGGGCCAGUGACUGGAGGAGAUACAUUAGGAGGACUUGGGGACAUCUUUGGUAUGCCACAGACGCAGUCCUAUGUCCCACCAUCAGAAGUUUGGUUACAAGCUGCUAAAGGUAAAGGAUUGGAAAUUAACGGAACAUUCUCACGCAAACAGAAUGCAGUUUAUAUGGAGUUUACAUUUACAAAUAAAGCUAUGCAGCCAAUGUCAGGAUUUGCUGUUCAGUUCAAUAAAAACAGUUUUGGUUUGACGGCUGCAGCACCUUUACAAGUUCAAAGUCCACUGCCUCCUAACCAAGGGGCAUCAGCCUCUCUUGAGCUUAAUCACAUGGGCCCAGUACAGAAGAUGGAUCCCCUGACUAAUCUACAGGUGGCCGUUAAGAACAAUAUCGAUGUGUUCUACUUUAGCUGUAGUAUCCCAAUGCAUGUGCUGUUCGUGGAGGAUGGUGAAAUGGACAAGAGAGUGUUCCUGGCUACCUGGAAGGAUAUACCUGCCACUAACGAGGUCCAGAGUACUAUAUCUAACGUGCAGCACAAUGCAGAUACUGUGCAACAGAAGUUAAGAAACAGUAACAUUUUUACGAUUGCUAAGCGUAAUGUUGAGGGCCAGGAUAUGCUGUAUCAGUCACUCAAACUCACUAAUGGAAUAUGGGUCCUUGCCGAGCUCAAGAUCCAGCCCAGUAACCAGAACUUCAUGUUGUCACUGAAAGCCAGAGCGACAGAUGUUUACCCUGGUGUACAGCAGGCUUAUGACACUAUCCUCCACAACUAGAUUUCCAAUGGAAGUGUCUGACAAGAACUGCAAUGUUAGAUGUGUUUACUACAGUUUACAAAACUUAUCAGAGGAAAAUAUGCCUAACCCUGAUUCAGAAAAAAUUAUAGACAGCUUUGUAGUAUUUGUCAUCACACUGAGUGUUUGUGUGGAGCAUUUUGAAUUAUGUUUCAGAAGAAUGAUAAUACUAUUGGACACUUACAUGGCACAUUUCACCAAAACAUUUGGAUGAAAUGUCGUUCGAUUAAAAUAUUAUCAGUAUUUAAGUAUGUGUUUCAUAAAACAAAAGUUAGUUAUUAAUCUGAGAAUAUAUAUGCUAUUUCUUUUAAUCCAUAUCUGGAACAAGACGACAAAAAUUGGUUCCCAGAGUUACCAAUACAGCUUGACAUACUUGUAGUGAACAAAGUGUAGGGAAAAAGCAUAAAAACUGUAUAUACUUAUCAUUUAGGCAAUCCCCUAAACAUAUCUACUAGGGCCAUCCAGGUUAACAUAGAACUGAUCUUCUUCCACGGAAUUAUUCAUUGUGUUUGGUCGUUUUAUAAAUACAGUAACAAUACAGUUUAAAAUCAAACACCCUUGUUUGUAUCUUGAUAAAAGAAAUCAAGUGCAGGUCUUUAACUUCUGUGGACAAAAGUUGUCUGGAGUGAUGCUGGCCAUGCUGCUUGUUCGGACCCUUAAUUUUUGAUUUAACGAUUUUCUGUCGAGUUAUGUCCCUUCCAUGAUACCCCUUGUUGAAGCAUGUGGUAAGAGACGCCAAAGCCAGACUGUGGCUUCCAUUUUUUCUUCCAGAAAAUGGAAUUGUGUUAUAUAACUUAAAACCCUCCAAAUAUUGUGGAAACCAAUCUUUCAACAUUCAGUCUCGAUGAACAAAGUUUAUGAUCAUAAUUUUUUUUCACAGUAUGGUAUAUACAUGUACAUGAAUUUAAAAGAGGUUGUUCUCACUGAGUUCCUACUGUGUAAACAAUAAGGUUCAUCCUUAUCAUUAUAAUUUAUUUCUGUAUGUUGUCGUAUUCAGGAUCUUCAGUAAUAAAUGUUAAAGUGUGA